UGCAGAAAAAAAGAAAUUGUGGGGUUACCUCAAAACAUUAAUCCUUCAUUUACAAAGAAAAGAAUUUUGCAUUCAUCAUCUUCAUCAGAUUAAACCUCAGCUUUGCAUCAUCUCCUUUGAUCGCUCUACUAAACACUCAUCUAGGACUUGUAUGGUGUUUACAGUUCCGCCUUCAAAUAUAUCUGAUCUCGAAUCGAUUUUGAGAAAAUCUCGAUAAAUUUCUGCAUUUACGACCCCGACGAAAAACCCUAGAGAGGUCGAUCAUGAAGUUUGGCUAUUCGUCUGGUCAAAUUCGAUCUGUGAUUUAAACAAUUUGAAAAGUAGCAAUGUCGAAGCCGAUCCUGCUCGUUUUUCUACUGAUUAUACUUAUAGUCACCUCUCAGUUUGAAUGGAGACAACCACUUGUUGAGCUUGAUGCAGCAACCAGCUUGUCACAGAAACAGCAGCAAAUCUCAGAUAGGGAGGAAGCUGUGAAAGAGAAGAUCAUCAUGUCCCAAGAGAGACAUAUCCAGAGGCUAAAUGAGCUUGUCAGGAGUCUUCAGUUGCAGUUGCUGCGAUGCAAGGGAGAGAAUGAGACCCAAAAUGCCACCAAAAGCUACCAUAUGAACAAAAAAUACAUCAAGGAGGUGGAGAGGAAACAAAUACUGGAAGGAUAAUCUCUCCCCUACAAAAGCUGAAAUGAUACGUAAAAAUUGUGAAAGAAAAGACCACUCUUUGAUAUUGUGUUUAGGUGUUGUAUUGUAUCUGUGUAUUUUUGUGUUUAACGAUGCAUCACACCUAAAAUUAAAAAUCUGUUUGAUGUUGA